AUGAAUAAGAAAGGAAGAUGUCUGUUGUUCGCCUUGGUGAUUGCAGUGGUUUUGAUAGGUUUGAUAGUCACUCUGACACUCAUUCUGAGACCCUCUGAUAAAUGCUACUCUAAAGCAGCAGUGGCAGCGGAUGCCGGGCAUUGUUCUGAGAUCGGGAGGGACAUGUUGGAGCGUGGUGGUACAGCAGUUGAUGCUGCUAUUGCUACUCUGCUGUGUGUGAGUCUGUUUAAUCCCCAAAGCAUGGGCAUCGGAGGAGGUGUGGUUUUCACCAUAUACAAUGCAUCAACAGGAAAUGUGGAGACGAUUAAUGCCAGAGAAACUGCUCCAAGGGCUGCCUCACAGAACAUGUUUGAGAAUGACAAAAACGCAAAUAAAGCAUUAUAUAUAGCUGUACCAGGAGAACUGCGUGGUUAUGAGCUGGCACACCAAAGGCACGGGAGACUGCCAUGGAAGGAGCUGUUUGAUCCAAGUAUAAAGCUGGCAAAGGAGGGGAUUCCGAUUGGCAAGGCCUUUGCCAAAGCCAUUGAAGACGACGAACUUUGUAAUAAUACAUUGUGUGAAAUGAUUUACGGCUCUAAAAGCAUUUUGAAGGAAAAUGAUUCUAAAUCAUUUUCCAAACUUGCUACCACCUACGAGACGAUAGCAGAAGAAGGAGCAAAAGCCUUUUACAAUGGGUCAUUGACUGAUAAUAUAGUGGAAGAUAUUAUGGAUGCAGGAGGGAAUAUAACACGUGAGGACCUAAUGUAUUAUAAGGCAGUGCUGAACGAGCAUGCAUUAAACUUUACUUUGAGAAACUACACGUUUCAUGCUCCUACUGCUCCAUUCGGUGGACCUGUGCUCGCUCUGAUACUCAAUAUACUCGAAGGUUACAACUUCACAAACAGCAGUGUGUCACCAAAGAACAAGAAUCUGACCUAUCAUCGUAUGAUAGAGGCGUUCCACUUUGCUGAUGUCGCAAAGAGUAAUCUGGGAGACCCACUCGAUGAGGACAUCACUGAGAUUGUUUUACAGAUUGUCCAAAAUAUGACCUCAGUCAAAAUUGCAGCCGACAUCAGGGCAAAGAUUAAUGAUAGAAUCAAACAAGAGAGUUAUGAUUACCCUUGGCCUGGUAACUCUGGGACAUCUCAAGUCUGCGGUGGCACUAAUGGACCUGAGGACGCUGGGACAUCUCACCUGUCAAUCAUCGAUAAAUAUGGGAAUGCAGUGGCAGUCACCAGCAGUAUCAAUGACGAUUUUGGAUCUAGGGUGAUGUCAAAGUCAACAGGCAUUGUAUUUAAUAACCAAAUGGACGAUUUCAUUGAUCCUGAUAUGAAUUGUGUAUAUAGCAAAAACAACUUUAUUAAACCAGGUAAAAGGCCACUUUCAUCAAUGUGUCCCACAAUAAUAUUGGACCAAGAUAAAAAAGUCAAAAUGGUGGUUGGAGGUGCAGGCGGGACCAAUAUCACCACUGCAACUGCUCAGGUGAUCAUGAACUACCUGUUCUUUGGCUAUGACUUGGAGAGAGCUGUUACAGAACCCAGAGUUCAGACCAGGGGAGAUGAGACAUUUGUAGAUAAGGAAGUAAUCAAAGACUGGGAGAAUAUGAAGCAUGAAAUAAAAAACAGUUCUGAAAUAUCAGUGGUCCAGGCGAUUGUCCGAGAGGGGGGCUUACUCUGUGCUGAAUCUGACUACAGGAAAGGCGGUUAUCCUGCCGGAUACUGA